AGAAACUAGUGAUCUAUUAAGUGUACGUCCCGGUUGUAAACAACAAACCCCCAGCGACAAGUCUGCACACAAUGCUUCACGAAGAAUCCGAACUGGACGACACUCACCUGUGUAAUAAAUGUGGCCGCACUGUAGCUGGACUGGAAAAUUACAUCAAACACAGAAAGGUAAGCUGUGUUCAACCCAAACCUGCCACAGUAACAAUCACCGGUGCAACGGCCUCUCGAAUCGGCACAGAGCAAGGAUUUACAACGUUCGAUUUUGGGGAGGGAAUCAAAGAACCGGAGCAUCAUAAAAAGCUACCGAACUACAGCUUCAACUACGAUUUGGAAGCUCACCAUAACGAUCCCGUGCAAAGGCCUGACAGCAAAACGGACUACAAAAAUGAAGUUAAUUAUGACUACGAAUUAGGUGCUGAUUUAUUUUUCUCAUCACUUGAGCUACAGAGUAGCUCCAAAAAGGGUGCCAACAUUCCAACCGCUACUAAACCAAGUGUACCAACUAGGACUAAAACUCGGAAACCUACCACUUCACUAUCGAACACCGAUCCCGACCAUGAACAGGAUCACGAAGACGAUUGGAUUCCUCCCCAUCACGACUCGGAGAAACUUAUGAAAGCUGUCAGCGAUAUUAGUGGCAACAAGAAAGUCGAUUCAUUGUUUACAUUUUUUCAUCAUGAAUCGCCGGAACAGUCGGAGGAUGAGAGCGACGAAGAGGAAGACUUCGAUGCCCCGCCACGGACGCACACCGGAGGUAAAUGGAAACCGGAAAAUCGUCCAUCAACCUCGCAGUGGCGCCAUUGGCCUGACCAGGAGGGUCAGCUGGAUAAGUCCACGGAACCGGAAGAAGAUGAGGAGUACAAAAGCUUUGCCCCUCCACCCGGUCACACCAAAGGCAAAUGGGUACCGGGAUCGAAAAUCACUCGAUUGGAGUAUAAAAUACCGACCCUUCCGAGCAAGACUUACGACGAUAAUUACUGGUGUAGUAUCUGUAAUCGAAAGCUCGCUUCGCGUUUUGUUUACGAACGACAUCUGAAGUCGAAUCUUCAUCAAAAACGAGCGCAAGAGGAAUCCGAACUCGAAAGAGCUGUUAAACCUUCUCCGUACCCUAAUGAACUAUCGAAACGAAUCGCAAAACCUUCGGUUUAUCUUAGAGAUGACUUUUUUGGUGGUAAUUUAAGUUCCGAGCAAACUUCAACACCUACGGCUUCAACAACCCCGGAAGUAUUCGAAAAGUCUCCGCAAAAGAUGAAAAGAAAAAGAAAAUCUUACUACACGAAAUGCGAAAUUUGUAAGACUCGACUUCCGACGAAUCUUUUGGGAAAACAUUUAAUCUCCCGCUAUCACUAUCGAAGAAUGCUCAACCAUCCCGACCAGUGCUUCGAUAUCAUUUUGAAAAACAUCCACCGCAUUGUCCUGCAAUCUCCUUUCCAAUGUCAUCCGUGCAAAUUCUACGCCAACACCGAGCAGCAGUUUAUGAUUCAUUGGAACUCCCUAGAGCACGAGCAGCGCGUCGGAGGUGGCGGUAAGUUCUGGUGCAGUUUUUGCAAAUACGAAUGCAACGAAAACUUUCACAUGACCAAUCACCUAAUCGGGUCUGACCACCAAGAGGUUAUAUCCGUAAUCAACCGUUCGGUUCCGAUCAUCAUUCGAAAGAUAACUCCAAUCGUAUGCGAGUUUUGCGGCGAUGAGUUUCGUUACAACGCCGAGCUCAAGAAACACCACGAACUGUGCAACGAAGGAAACCCGGAGGACACCGUUCGGGUGAAACGAACAUUCCAAAACACCUUCAGCUGUGAACUGUGCAAAUCAACUUUCCAGAACAAAAUGCUUUUGCUACAGCACGGCCAAAAGCUGCACCGGCUAGCUCACUACUACUGUUCGAUAUGUGAAGUUUCCUUUCAAACGCCUAGGGAGUCACUCCAGCAUCGCCGGACGACCUCGCACAAGGUGAUGUCGGCAAGGAAACGUCACAAAGACGGACAUCUUCCCCGCAAAAAGUGCCACGUAUGUCAGAAACAGUUGGGCGAUAUUUUGGAGCUCAAAAAUCACAUCAGAAAUGACCAUCCCGAAAUCAAGUACAGCUGCCCACAGUGCGGAGAAAAUUUCGUGCUAGCCCAGGAACUUGGCAGACACGUACGUGACAAAAAUUGUACAUUUUUCAAUUCCGUCGCAUCAACAUCGUCGUCAGAAGCAGCAGCAGCAGCAACGGUGGCGGCUACGGACGAACGGGUGUUGCUGUCGGUGGCAUCACUAGUAGCAGCAGUGCCAUCAAGUCUCCCAUCAACAUCCCGGGCGCAUCUUCCGGGCGAAAAUUCAAUUAUCCUAAAUGAUUCAAUUAAAGUAAAUAUGAAUGAUCAUAAAAUACGAAAGGAGUCACAUCUGUAUUCUUCAACUUCCUCGGAACAACGCGCUACCGCCGCCGGUAGUAUGGGCAGGAACGUUGCUACCCGGUUUUGCAGUGAAACAAUCCCGAGAGCAACAACUGAUGAGUCUGGAUCUGGAGUGCCAUUGGAUUCAACAACCAUGACGGAAAAUUAUUCUAACCUUUCACCAUCAUCGGCUUCGACGGGAUCGACAACUGAAACCCGUCGCAUCACUGCCAGCUCCUACCAUCACUCCGAGUCCCAUCCCAACCCGAAACCAUUGUCCGAGGCAAUGGCGACAGCAACGACGGCAGCAGCAUCGACGACAUCGACCGCCAGCGCCCAUUCGACCUCGACGACAUCAAAUUUCGCCUGCGAUGAUAACAUUGUCGCCAGUUCAUCCGCGUCAGCAGAAAUCUUUUUCGCCAUGGCCAAUAAUGCGUCCGAAAAUAAUACUGUUUACGUUGAUGAAAUCGUUGGCACCAUCGCCGAGGACAGCUCGCUCGUGUCCUGGCAGUGUAAAAUAUGCCCGUUCAGAACACCCUCACAGGCGUCCUUCCUGUAUCAUGAAAUUUUGCACUCAUCAACGGCUACAGAGUCCGGAUCGAGCAAAUCGACGAAAAUCACCUGCCCGCUGUGCAAGAAGCCAUUUUCCAAGGCGUCCCUUCGGUGCCACCUGCGUCAGCAUACGGACGAACGAAUUUUUCCCUGCGAGCUGUGUCCGAUGAGUUUCACUCGGAAGGCAAAUCUCAAAAAUCACGUGUCAUACGUUCACGGCGGGAAAACACGCCGCGCCGUCGUAGCUAAGCCGAAUGCAACGGAAAGCAUUGCCGGCAGGGAAAUGGAGCCCGGCUCGAAACGAAAAGCGGACAUUUGUUCUACCUGUGGGAAAACAUUCGCAAGCAGCAAAAUCCUUGCCCAACAUGCCACGGUCCACCUGGAGCGAAAAUCGAUCAAAGAAUUUGCCUGUCAACACGAGAACUGCUAUUACAUCGGGCGAAGUGCGGCGGACGUUCGGUCGCAUCUGCUCAGCCGACACUCGGACGAACGGAAUUUCGUUUGCAGCGAGCCGGGCUGUGACUAUCGGGGAAAGACGAUCACUCAACUGCGAAGACAUUACCAACGACACGAGGAUAGUGAGAAAAAAUAUAAAUGUGGUCAGUGUGAGUUUGCUUCCCGUAUUCCUGGUCAUCUGAAGCGUCAUCUUCUGGUUCAUAGCGGAGGGAAACCUUUUACUUGUCCGCAUUGCGAUUACAGUUGCAACAACAUCGAAAAUCUGCGCAAGCACGUGAUCUCAACUGCCAAACACAAAGGAAAGUAUCUGUACGAGUGCAAGUACUGCGAGUCAUGUAAUGAUCCGGAAUCGGUGGUAUUUAAAUCGAAUUUUCACAAGGAAUACAAAGAUCAUCUGCAAGGACAUCACAGCCUGUCGCCGGAAGAAGCGAAUCAGGUUUCUCGCAUUGUAACUGGUUGA